UCUUCAUUUUUGAGGAGAGGGGGGUCUCAGGAAAAGGGAGAUGUUGGGAAUCUGGGGGUCUCGAGGCCCAUAAAAAUGGCUCACUAAUAGACAGAUCUUGUAAUCCAGAGAAGAUGGAGGUCUACAGAUGUUUCCCUGCCCCCUUCCUCCUGUUAGUUUUGAAAUCCAUCUGGAUCAUGUGAGGGACUUUGAUUUUCUUCCCACAUCCCUCCCUGCCUGCCUGCCUUCCUGGCCUUUCUUCUCUUCUCUCUCCCUUCCUCCCUCAUUUCUUUGCAUUUGACUGUAAAUCUGAGUAAAAUUUGCCUGAGACAAACAGGCCAGAUUUUCCAUCACCGGCCAGACUUCCUCAAAAACGACAUAAAAGCAAACGGCCCACAAAUAUCUGUCUCAGCUGGUGGUUGAAGCGGGCAGCUUUUGCUUCUGUGUUCGCAGAUCUCGCCUUGCAACAAGCUCAGAUUCAACGGCCGAGUCUUCUUAUUUUUAUUCAGCUCCAGGAUGUGGUGGGCCACCUUCGGACUAGCUGCCGUGUUGGCAGCCGCGACGGCUACUGGAUACCCAGAUGAGACGCUGGACACUCAGUGGGAGCUGUGGAAGAAAACCCACAAGAAGGAAUAUAACGGCAAGAUGGAAGAAGUCUCCAGAAGGCUGGUCUGGGAAAAGAACCUGAAAUACAUCAACACCCAUAACCUGGAGUUUUCUCUGGGAAGGCACACUUUUGAACUGGCAAUGAACCACUUGGGAGAUAUGACCAGCGAGGAGGUUGUACAGAAGAUGACCGGCCUCAAAGUCCCUCCAUCCCGUAAGCCUAGUAAUGACACUCUUUACAUCCCAGACUGGGAAAAGCGGGCCCCGGAUGCUGUGGACUACCGAAAGAAGGGCUACGUCACCCCCGUCAAGAACCAGGGCCAAUGCGGUUCCUGCUGGGCCUUCAGCUCUGUGGGUGCCUUGGAGGCGCAACUCAAGAGGAAGACGGGGAAGCUGUUGAACCUGAGUCCGCAAAACCUGGUAGACUGCGUCACCGACAAUGACGGCUGCGGAGGAGGCUACAUGACCAACGCCUUCGAAUACGUCAAGGACAACCGAGGCAUUGAUUCGGAUGAUUCCUACCCUUAUAUUGGCCAGGAUGAAAGCUGUAUGUACAACCCAACUGGCAAGGCAGCCAAGUGCCGCGGCUACAGAGAGAUCCCCGAAGGCAACGAGAGGGCCCUGAAAAGAGCCAUUGCCCGGGUAGGGCCUGUGUCUGUGGGCAUUGAUGCCAGCUUGUCCACCUUCCAGUUCUACAGUCGAGGUGUCUAUUACGAUGAAAACUGCAAUGCUGAGAACAUCAACCAUGCCGUCCUAGCAGUGGGCUACGGGACUCAGAAAGGGACCAAGCACUGGAUCAUCAAAAACAGCUGGGGAGAAGAGUGGGGCGACAAGGGCUACAUCCUCAUGGCCAGGAAUAUGGACAACGCCUGUGGGAUCGCCAACUUGGCCAGCUUCCCAAAGAUGUGAGAAUCCAGGGCACCAAACCAGCCCUCUUCAUAUCAGCAGAAGGCUGGGCUCCUUAUAGGGAAUAAAGGACUUGAAAGGGAGCAGCCAAAGGCUGUCCUGACAGUAUCUUAAAA